AUGGUCGAUUCUGAAUGUUUUCUGUGCUAUUCCAGGGAGGAACGUUGCUCACUGAACUCAGUAUCACUAUCGUUUGAUCAGUCAAGGGAUUCCGUUCUUGACGUAUCAAUUUGUUCGAAUCCCAUCGAUGAGACGGCCAUCAUGGAGAAAAGUAUUGCCGAGAAGAUUUUGGAGGUUAUAUUGUAUGAUUAUGCAUUCACGAUUGUCUUAUCCGAAUUCUUGAUCUUUACUCGUCACGAAACUGAUUCUAGACAAAUGGAUAUGAAUGCUGCAGCAGCAAUGGAACGGCAAUCGUUGGCCAAGGUCGACGUCCUUUCAUCUCCGUCUCCGAAUAGCACCGUUCUCAACGUGCAUUCAACACCCACCCCGACAUCGGUUGCCUGGACAACCACGAACACAAACACUCUGCAAUCAAUGAGUUCACAACGUGCUCCUUCAGCCAAUUCUAUGCUACCAACUAAUCUCCUAAAUUACGACACCAAUAAUUAUUCCGAUACCAAUACUAAUAAUCAUUAUUACUACUAUAACAACAACAACACCAGUGGUAUUGGUAGACCUGUUGAUGACUUGGAACAAACGAUUCGUUAUUGUCCACCACGCUAUGGAGCUGCUCAGUAUGCUAUGAGCCCAGUGAAGUCUUUUAUGAAUACCGAUCGCAAUUUCAUCGGUAUGUCAUCUUCAAGUCCCACAUAUCAUUCACACUCAUCGCUACCACCUCCUCCACCGUUACCUCCUCCUCCUCCGUCUAUCGUACCACUUUCCACAUCAGCAACCAGUAGCAUACGUUCAUCACAAAAGUGUGUGAAACGUGAAACGUACAGUCGAGUCACGAUCGGAUUGGCUGUAUCCCGCCGUUUGUCAUCAUAUUCGUUGUGCUCUAUUGCCAUAUCUAGAGCAUACAAUCAUCAGGGCUCAAUCAUUGAUCAGCGUGAAACGGACAUGUCUCGCGACGAUUUCGAUAUAAGAUCAGAGCCUCGUUCUCACUUGACAAUGCGUGAUAUUCCGGUGCAACGUGACAUGAUCACCUCAAUGCCGCCCUCAUCAACCACCACCGUUGAGUAUCGCACCUCAACAACACCUAAUGAUAAUUUCCAUCAACAGGAAUACUAUCGUAAAGAGGUGCUUUCUGUCAUGUGUUCGUAUCCAGCGAGUGUCUCUUCGAAAGCAGUGCAUGAUGUUAUGACACGAACGUACAUAACACGUUCAAACGAGGCACUAUCAGCGCCUCCACUCUCCAGAAGUUCACCCAUUUUCAUUGAGCACGAACGUUAUCCGUCAACGGAUCGCUAUUAUCCGAACGGACGAGAGGAACGAACGGUCGAUUAUAAUUACAAAUAUGUGAAGAAUAUCGAAGAGGAGGAGAGACGAAUUCAGGACGAUCAAGAGAAACGAAGAUUGGAAGAGGAGGACAGAAGACGUCGUGAAGAGGAAGAGCGCAGACUGUGGGAAAUUAAAGAGAAGGAAUAUUUUGAAAGAACUCGAAGGGAAAGGGAAAAAAAGCAUCGUGAACUCGAAUCACAGCGAGCAGAACGAGAACGUCAAGAGUUCGAUCGUCUUGAAAGGGAGAGAGCAGUUCGCGAGAAAGCCGAACUGCAACGGCGUGAGGAAUGGGAAAGACUCGAGAAGGAACGACGAAUGUUGGAAGAGAGAGAAUUGGAGAAACGUAGAGCACUAGAGAAGGAUAGACUGGAGAGAAUACGGCUGGAAGAGGAACGCAAAGAACGAGAAAAGUUGGAAAGAGAGCGAAUGGAACGGGAGAGGGAACGUCUCGAGAGGGAAAAGGCUGAGAAGGAAAGACAGGAACGUGAGAGACGAGAACGAGAGCGAAUCGAGACUGAACGACUGGAGAUCGAGAGAAUUGAGAGGAUUAAACGUGAAAGACAGGAGCGUGAAAGGAUCGAGAAGGAGAAGGAACGUGAAGAAGCUGAAAGACUGGAACGAGAGCGUCUGGAGCACGAGAGAAUCGCUAGAGAGAAGAAGGAGUUGUUACGAAUCGAACAAGAGUUGCUUGAGGCUCAGAGACGAGAAGCUGAGUUACAUGAAGCUGAACGUCUUGAAGAAGAGAAUCGAGAAAGGCGCCGUAGAGAGCAGGAACGAAGGUGGGGAAUUUUAUAG